GUAAUACGUCGAAGAGUAAAUAUUAGCCAUGCUAACGAAUUUUCUGCGAGAGUACAAUAUGAAUCGAGUGUUUUUAUCAACUACAGGUCUCUGGCCAUUUCAAAAUAGGUUUGUGAGAAAUUUGUUGCGGACGUUCUGCUUGCUGUUGGAAAUAAGUUACUAUCCGUUUGAGAUAUUACUGCUGCAUGAUCAUUGGGAUAAUCCGCGAAUGGUUUUUGAUGGUAGCUAUCAAUUCAUAUUGUUCACUGCUUUUAUUGCUAGGGCACUGCCCGAUAAUGGUAAAAAAAUCGAUAAAAAUGGAUAUAACACGAAUAUAGAACUUGAUUCGUCAAGCGAGGAAAUAAUAUAUCGUGAAUAUAUACUAUGUUUAAAGAAACAUCAACUUGCUAUAAAAUUUGUAAACGUAUUAGAAUCAUCGUAUCAAGAGUUUUCGUUACUUUUGUUACUACUGCUUAUUGCAGCUUUAAGUUUAGUGGGAAUUCGAAUUAUUCAGGUAUUACACGAAUUCACUGAAUUAAUAAAAUUCGCAUGUUUAAUUGUCGGAAUAUUGGUGACUCUGUUGAUCGUGAGUUACUCUGGUCAAAGAUUAAUGGACGAAAGUCAGAAUGUAUUCUACCGAGCAUACGCGGCAGAAUGGUACAAUUUCUCGCCUAGACUAAAAUCUUUAAUGAUAAUAACUCUUUACAGAAGUAAUGUACCAUGCGGAUUAAAAGCAGGUAAUAUGAUUCCAUUAUCUAUUGCCACUUAUGCUGCGGUAAGUGAACCAUGGAAAAUUGCUCAAAGUUUUUCUUUCGUAUAAGCAUGUAUAUAGAACUAUAAAACGAUUUAUUUGAUUUAAAGGUUAUACGAAUGGCCAUGUCCUACUUCACAGCGUUUUUAUCAC